UCCUAACUCUUCUUUUUGAACAGGCGUCCCACCUACAUGGAAUCUCAGAAUCUUACAGGCAUCUCAGAAUUCCUCCUCCUGGGCCUCUCAGAGGAUCCAGAGCUGCAGCCCCUCCUCUUCGGGAUGUUCCUGUCCCUGUACCUGGUCACCAUCCUGGGGAACCUGCUCAUCAUCCUGGCCGUCGGCUCUGACCCCCACCUCCACACCCCCAUGUACUUCUUCCUCUCUAGUCUGUCCCUGGCUGACACUGGUUUCAGCACCACCACCGUCCCCAAGAUGCUGGUCAACAUCCAGACCCACAGCAAGUCCAUCUCCUAUGCAGGCUGCCUCACUCAGGUGUCCUUUUUUUCUCUUUUUGGGUGUUUGGACAGCCUACUCCUGGCCGUGAUGGCCUAUGACCGGUUCAUGGCCAUCUGCCACCCCCUGCACUACCCGGCCAUCAUGAGGCCCCGCCUCUGUGGCUUGCUAGUCCUGCUGUCCUUUCUCAUCAGCCUUUUGGGCGCCCAGACUCACUGCUUGAUGGUGUCCCAACUUGGCUUCUGCACACAUGUGGAAAUCCCUCAUUUCUUCUGUGACGUCCCUCAGCUGAUCCGCCUCGCCUGCUCUGACACCUCCUCCAGUAACAUAGCCAUAUUUCUCAUUGGGACCAUCUCCGGGCUUCUCCCCAUCUCAGGAAUCAUUUUCUCCUACUAUAGAAUUGUUUCCUCCAUUCUGAGAGUCCCCUCCGCAGGGGGGAAGUCCAAAGCCUUCUCCACCUGUGGCUCUCACCUGGCCGUGGUUUGCUUGUUUUAUGGCGCAGGCCUAGGUGUGUACCUCACUUCGGCUGCCUCAUCUUCCCCGGGGAGGGAUGCGGUGGCCUCGGUGGCGUAUGCGGUGGUCACCCCGAUGCUCAACCCCUUCAUCUACAGCCUGAGGAACAGGGACCUCAAGGGGGCGCUGUGGAGGAUUGUCCCCACCGCAGCCUGA